CGCCCACCAAUAAAAGUACACACAGUUCUCUUCAAUAAUUAUAUACUACUUUUGUUUUUAUUGCCAUUGCUGGAUCUAGAUAUAUCUAUCUAUGGAUGACAUGGGGGCUCGUUUCUCUUCAGAUGAGAGCAAUCAGAGUACGAGUGACGAUGGAGACAUAGCUGACUUCCUGGAGGUGGUGAGGACACGCUCCAACGAGGUAGAGGGAUUGCAGGAGAGAGGCUAUCAGCUUCAGAUCAACGAUCUCUCAAGACUCUCCUUCCUAAGACAACUAGGAUUCCUUCCGAUGAGGCCUGACGCUAGUGUGGAAUCAGAUAAGAAUAUACCAUCUCCUGUACCCAUGGACAAAUCAUAUGAUAUCUACCGGCAAGUUAUGAUGGAUUCAGGUCAAAGUUCACAUAUCGGAUGCCCUCGCAAUAUUUCUGCUCACAUUGAGAAGAGGCAGCUGUAUAGGGACAGUCCCAGUGCUGCACAGAAGGUGGCCCUCACUUCAGAGAUGCUCCCUAGCCAUCAUUGUAUGGCUGACUCUCUUGAUUCAAGAGUGUUCUGUGGAACCUACUCAAAAGACGGCUCUAUAUUUCUCUCCUCUACACAAGAUAGUUGGAUAAGGCUAUACGAUACUCAAGGCUCAAACUUUAAAUGUUUCAAAGCUCUACAAGCCCGUGAUGUUGGGUGGAGCAUCCUCGACACAGUACUGAGUCCUGAUCAGCAAUGGUUGGCAUACUCCACCUGGUCCCCCUACAUCAACAUAGCGAGUGUUCACUCUGACAAACACUUCUCCCUCGACCUGCUGCCUAUCAUGGGAGGAAGCUUCUGUGCAUUCUCUGUCAAAUUUUCCAAUGAUGGAAACGAAAUAUUUGCGUCGUCUAACGAUGAACAUGUAUACGUGUACGACCGUACGAGAUGUGAGAGAGUAUUAGCCAUCCACGCCCACAGUGAUGACGUGAGUGCCCUCAACGUGGAGGGGGAAUCAUCCCAUAUGAUCUACUCAGGAGGAGAUGAUGGACUAUGUAAGGUGUGGGACAGACGCAUUCUCUCUGAGGUCUCUCCCCAGCCAGUGGGUGUGUUGGCAGGUCACAAGGAUGGAAUCACUUACAUCGACCCUAAGGGAGAUUGUCGCCACUUGAUCACCAACAGUAAAGACCAAACUAUUAAACUGUGGGACCUACGAAAGUUCUCUAGAGGAGAUGCAGUGGAAGCCACCCUGGACAGAGUGAGCAGGCAAAGCUGGGACUACAGAUGGGAGGACGUCCCAGUCAACACUCAAAAAGACGCCAGGACACAACUUCCUGGAGACACCUCCAUAAUGACAUACGCUGGACACCUGGUCAAGAACACUCUGCUUCGAUGUCGCUUCUCCCCUCAGGCUACAACUGGACAGCGCUACAUAUACACAGCCUGUGCUAAAGGAAGAGUCAUCAUCUAUGAUGUUCUGACUGGUGAAGUGGUGAAGAGGUUAGAGUCUGACAAGAGUCAGGGGGUUGUCAGGGACGUCUCAUGGCACCCCACAUCGCCAGGGAAACUGGUGGCAUCAUCGUGGGAUGGCUACCUGACACUCUGGAGUUUGAACCAGACACCUCACUACGCUCAAUGCAGACGACCCAGGAGACAAUACCAUUGGUAGCGCAGGACUCUCAGCAUGGCAUGCUUAUGCAAUCAUUUUUGUGCUCUUAUUCUUCUGCAAUGUUUUAUACAACGACCUGUUGGCCUGUGUUAGUACAUGUACUCAUUCAUUUCACAACAAUAAAUCAUGGUCAUAAUUAUAAUAACAAUGUGUUCACAAAAUACAAUUGAUAAUUUAA